AUGGACCUAUGCCCACCGGAUUGGUUCGACUCGAACCUGAUAACAACACCAACAUCAAUUGAUUUAACUCAAAAUGGAGCUCGAAAUAAGAGAAAACGUGAAACGACGAGCCGAAAUGGUAUUGAUGAUUUGGAACAAUCGGAGGAGCAAUUCAAUCAGGUGUUAAAUAAUUACUUCCAUUUCUCGAAUCCGACCAGUACUACGUGGUUUCAACAAGAACAAAUGUUACCAUCAAACGCACAACUUUUACGACCAACUACUGAUCGCUCACAAGAGUUUACAGUUUCAAAUGAUGAAGUUAGCAGCACAACUCCGAAUAUGACAUUGUAUGCGAUACAAAAAUCUGCAUCAAUAAAUUCAGAAUCAACCACAAAACACAUUUGCGCAAUAUGCGGUGAUCGAGCAUCCGGGAAACACUAUGGAGUGUACAGUUGUGAAGGUUGUAAAGGAUUUUUCAAGAGAACAGUGCGCAAGGAUCUUAUCUAUUUAUGUCGAGAAAAUCGUAACUGUAUUAUCGAUAAGCGACAGAGGAACCGAUGUCAAUACUGUCGUUACCGCAAAUGUCAAAGUAUGGGAAUGAAGAGAGAAGCAGUGCAAGAAGAAAGGCAAAGUUCAAGAGCGGAUAUAACUAAAGUAUUGAGCAGUGGUGGACAACGACAUAUUACCACAAGUCAAAUGGAAGCAGAAAGUACAAGUACUUAUGGUAGUCUCGAAAUUCAACUUGAAAGAAUUGCUGCAGCUGAAGAAGCUUCCGAAGUACUUUUUAGUAGUAUUAAGAUAGAAUCAAACGAUAUUACUAGCUCUGAAUCAUUGGAAUGGCAAAUGAUACGAAUGGUUGAAUGGGCUUUGAUGUUGCCAUCAUUCAAUGAAAUUUUAGUGGAAGACCAAGCUCGAUUGAUAAAAUUUGGAUGGCAUGAACUGAUUCUUGCGGAUAUAGCUUAUCGUUCUACAAUAAAUAAAUUGUUAUUAUGGCCGGAACGUGUAAUGGAGAGGAAUGAUGCGGAAAUUCUUGGUUGCCGGAUCAUUUUUGAUCGAAUCAUCAAUGAACUCACUAUUCGGAUGAAGGAUUUGGAUGUGGAUCGAGUAGAAAUCGCUACCUUGCGAUGUGCUAUUCUUUAUAAUCCAAGUGUUAGCGGCUUGCGAAAUGUCUCAGUGGUGGAAUCAUUACGAGAUAAAAUAAUGGUAUGCUUGGAGGAUUAUUGUCGACAGCACCAUCCUGCACAAACUCAACGUUUUGCCAAAUUAUUAUUACGAAUGCCUGCAUUACGAUCUCUUAGCUUGCACUGUGCUGAAAAUAAUGGUUUCAUUAUUACUGCACCAACUAUUCAG